ACAAGCGCGUCAUGUCUAUCUUGCCAUGGCAUACCUCGGCCAUUUCCUUUUCUUCCCUGUUAUCAUCCUCAAUCUCAAUCUCAUAAAAGCACCAACCUAAUCAAUUCCAUCUCGAUUGACUCACAACAUCCAACACCUCAACAACACUCCACGAAGCCACCAAGCAUGUUCCGCACCACCAUGAUCAGGUCCACACGGACCCUGCGUCUCAGCGUCCCCUCAGCACGUCCUUUCUCGCUCUCAACAUCACGAAACGUCGAGCAGUACCCGAACGAUCUAAGCACAAACUCCAAGACCAAAACGGACAAAUACGACAGCGAUAGCCCGCAUGCGGUACAAGAUAAGGUCAAACAGGGCGAUACGCACAACGUGCAAGAAAGCAAUGCGAAGGCAGGUAUAGAUAGCGCGCGCAAGGAGGGGUCAGGUGGCCAUGCGACUGAGGGCAAAGACUCAGCGGGUGGAAAAGAGACGGCGAAGAAAGAGUUCCCUGAAGCUCCGGAUCCAGCGAUUGGUAUGCAGGAUGAGAGGGGUGGACGGGGUGCUUAGGCUGGUGGCCGAAGAUGGUGUAACUUCCAAGGUUGAAAAUGAAUGUUGUUAUGCAGGGGCCAAUGAGUUUGCACGUGUUAUGUUAACUUCGCACUAACAACUAUACGGGAAUUCAUCUUCAAUAUGCCA